GUUCAAUGUUGGCCAGAGACAAAUAUCAAAGUGGUGUAGAAAACCAUUUUUCAUUCUUUUUGGAAUGAAAAAAAAUAAUAAACGGAUAUGGCUGAACAUUGUAAUUAUAUCAAAGAAAAGGUAUAUAUUACCUGUGAUGAAGUGAAGCUAGAAGAAAAAUCAGGAAUCGUGGAUAUUUUUGAACAAUACAUAGACGAAGAAGGAGUUCACGAUAGAGAAGAAUAUAUAAUUAAGAAUGAAGAAAAUGAUACAAAACCCUUAUUUGAAGAACUCAAUGCAAAUCAUUCAUCAUCUGCCAUUCUAAUCGAAGAAGUUUAUUCCGCAGGUGAAGAAAAAUAUCCUGAUAAGCACAUGCAGUGUAACCAUACUGCCAAAACUGAAGUUGAUAAGAAAUGGCAUGUUAAAUCUCCUCUUUUGAAUAUCAAGAAUUGCAAGUGUCCUUUGUGUGAUUUUGAGACCAAUUACAAAGAAGACCUUGCAUUACAUAUCAAAUCUGUUCAUUCAAGUAUCAAGUGUGACUCAUGCGAAUUUGUUACGAGUGAGAAAGACAACCUCAAACAGCAUGCCGACUCAGUUCAUUUUAAACAAAGAUGUACAGACGUUACAAUAAGAGACAACCCUGAGGAUGUUUUGAAAGAGUUCUCAAUCCAUGAGGAGAAGACUGGAGACUGGACCAUAGAAAGCUGCGACUGGUCCCUUGUAGCCUAG